CCAAUCCCCGUGAAAAUUCUCAGCGGCAUUGUAGUUUAAACACAACUGUCGCAGUUCAAACCAGCGGUACUGCCGCUGCGGCUGACAUAGACUCGGAGUCGCUUUUUUUUAGUCGGUUUCCAUCCUUCCACCUCCGCGCUCCUCGUUUCCAUAGCCGUUUGCUGUACAAGCUUUUGGAUAUGGCGUCCACUACAGCUGCUGCCGGCGCGGCCGCCGCCAUCGCGCCAACUGCAGGCAUUGCCGCCUCUCCUUCUGCGAGAAGGGACCACCACAGGGUCAGCAGCCGUCAAUCAGCUUCCCCUUGCUCCUCAUGCAUUUGCCAGAGAACCGGUCUUCGUGUCUCCUCCACUGCUUCGUCUUUCCUUGCCUCUCCCACCUUCUCCUCCUCAUCGUCGCUUUCCCUGAGAGGCGCCCAACAGAGGCAUGGAGGGGCAUCGACAGGAAGAGGGAUGCCCGUGACGAGGAGUAUGGCGAAGGAGCUCUACUUCAACAAGGAUGGGUCCGCGAUGAAGAAGAUGCAGGUGGGUGCGGAUAAGCUAGCAGAAUUGGUCGGUGUCACACUAGGACCGAAGGGACGCAACGUUGUGCUAGAGAGCAAGUAUGGUCCGCCGAGAAUUGUCAAUGAUGGUGUCACUGUGGCAAAAGAGGUUGAGUUGGAAGACCCUGUGGAGAACAUUGGCGCAAAGCUUGUCCGUCAGGCAGCGAGCAAGACAAAUGACCUUGCCGGUGACGGAACAACGACCUCCGUUAUUCUCGCACAAGGUCUCAUUGCCGAGGGGAUGAAGGUCGUGGCAGCGGGUGCAAACCCCGUGCAAAUCACAAGGGGGAUCGACAAGACGAUUGCUGCCCUUGUCAACGAACUGAAGGCAAUGUCCAAGGAGGUUGAGGAUAAGGAACUUGCUGAUGUGGCGGCAGUCAGUGCCGGCAACAACUACGAGGUUGGCAACAUGAUUGCAGAAGCCAUGGCAAAGGUUGGGCGAGCAGGAGUCAUCACACUGGAGGAGGCUAGGAGUGUGGAGAACAACCUCUACGUCGUUGAGGGUAUGCAGUUUGACCGCGGAUACAUCUCACCCUACUUUGUCACAGAUCCGGAGCGGAUGAUCGUCGAGUACGAGAAUUGCAAGUUGCUUCUUGUUGACAAGAAGAUCACAACUGCGCGUGACAUGAUUGGCAUCCUUGAGGAUGCGAUCAGGAACAGCUACCCUCUCGUCAUUAUUGCUGAAGAUAUUGAGCAAGAAGCACUGUCCACACUCGUCGUUAACAAGCUUAGGGGCACUUUUAAGGUGGCUGCUCUUAAAGCUCCCGGCUUUGGAGAGCGCAAGAGCCAGUAUCUUGAUGAUAUUGCAAUCCUCACUGGAGCGACUGUGGUCCGUGAGGAGACUGGUCUGUCCUUGGAUAGAAUUGGCCGAGAGGUCCUUGGAACUGCCGCCAAGGUCGAGCUCACAAAGGAUCAUACCACCAUUGUCGGCGAUGGGUCUACGCAGGAUGCCGUGAAUGCUAGAGUCAAGCAGAUCAAGAGCUUGAUUGAGGGAACAGACGUGGACUAUGAGAAAGAGAAGCUAAAUGAGCGGGUUGCCAAACUCUCUGGUGGUGUUGCGAUUGUGCAGAUUGGUGCCCAGACAGAGACAGAGUUGAAGGAAAAAAAGCUUCGUGUUGAAGAUGCACUGAAUGCAACAAAGGCUGCUGUUGAGGAGGGGAUUGUUGUCGGUGGAGGGUGUACGCUUCUGAGACUGUCUGCCAAGGUGGAUGCCAUUGAGAGCACGUUGGACAACCAAGAGCAAAAGAUUGGAGCAGGCAUUGUGAGGAGAGCGUUGACGUACCCCUUGAAACUGAUUGCGAAGAACGCAGGAGUGAAUGGUGGUGUCGUAGUUCAGAAGGUUAAGCAAAAUGAUAGUGUCAAUUUUGGCUUCAAUGCAGCGACUGGAGUUUAUGAAGAUUUAAUGGCAGCUGGAAUCAUUGACCCGACAAAGGUUGUUCGGUGCUGUCUAGAGCACGCAGCUUCUGUGGCGAAGACCUUCCUGAUGUCAGACUGCGUCGUCGUAGAAAUUAAGGAGCCUGAGGCACCUGCUGCCGCCAUGCCGAACUCUAUGGAUCCCUCAGGUUAUGGCUAUUAGAUUAUCAAAAUUUUGUAGUUUGCGGCGGGAUGCACUUGGCGGUAAUACGGUACCAGCAUGGAGGCGGCGGUUAUUUGGCCUUAGCUGCUGCCCUCUCUGGAGACCUGACAUGUCAGAUUUAGGAUGUCAUCAUUUCUUGAUGACAGACUGACAGUUGUAGUUUAUUUUUGUAUGUUAUUGGGCCUUGUUCCACUCCACAACUGGGUCUAAAUGUAUCUGGAGCUGGUGAUCGUCUCGAUGCAUUCAAGAGAUGAUUGAUCUGUCCGAAUGCAUCUGGUUCAACUUCAAUCCAGAUACAUGGAAAGUGUUCAGUAGUGCAGUGAGGCCCAUUCGCAUAGGGUAAUGCGGGAUUUAAUCCACUUCUGUUUUUUUUUGUUUUGCUGAGGUAGCAGAGGAGUCAAUCUAACCUUUUUCAGCGAGUUAAGGAGUACUUGCACUUUUGUGACUUUUCCUUUUUUUUUUUUUCUUCUUUUUUUUUUUUUCACCAGAGCUUUCCGGAUGUACCUGGCCGCGAUUACGGCCCACCACGGGUGCAAGUGACCGCAACUGCAGGUAGAGCGGCGUCCAAAAGGCCCCAGUGUGAGUAUUGCCCUUAGUUAGCAAACUUAGCGG